AUGUAUGUAAUGAGCAAAACGGGAAAAGAACUGAAAACUACUGCAAAUGAAAUACAAAKUGUGUACGGUGUCCAUGCUAUGAUGAGUGUGUUUAAGUACCCUCAAUUAAAAAUGUAUUGGGAUAGUAGAGGCAUGGGUUUUGGUCCUAUUUCACAAGUUAUUAYGAGGGACAGAUUUUUGAAAUUGCGCUCUAGUUUGCACUAUUUCGAUAUUAAUAAUCGUCCGGCUGGUAAUAAUAACCGAUUUUGGAAAGUUCAAUCAAUAAUUGAUCAAGYUCGUAAUGCGUGUAGAAAUAUUCCCCGUUUAGUUGACUGUUACUCGGUAGAUGAGCAAAUGAUUCCGUUUACUGGUCGAUGUCCAAGCAGACAAUAUGUUAAAAACAAACCACGACCCACUGGCUUAAAAAAUUUCGUAAUUAUUACGUCAAAAGGGAAAGUAAUUGAUUUCGAAAUUUAUCAAGGUGUCGAUACGCCAUUCCGAGACAAAUCGUUGGGGCUAGGACCGGCAGUCGUACUUCAUUUGUCUCAAAGUAUUCCGCAGGGAUCAGUUUUAUUUUUCGACCGGUACUUUACAACAGUAUCAUUAUUGGAUCGGUUGUUUAGUGAGGGACUAAUGGCUACAGGCACAAUAAUUUCAAAUAGAUAA